AUGGCCGGCGUGUGGGAGGUGAAGGACGGCGCCUACCGCCUCGUCGACAACCACAACCCGCCCAAGGGUCAGCGGCGGCAGGUGCUGGUGGACGCGCCGACCGGCGAGGAGGUGACGUCGUACACGGUCCUGGAGGAGAAGCUGUCGGAGCUCGGGUGGGAGAAGUACGGCGACGACCACCCGCAAAUCCUCAGGUUCCGGCAAGAGUCGACCGCCCUACUCAUCUAUCUGCCCAAGGACUUCGCCAAGUUCAAGCUCGAGCACAUGGAAGAUGUCGUAGCAAAGAACAGCGGCGCGUUCUUUGUACGCGACGGCUAG